UGCGUGCGUGCGUGCGUGCGUCUGUUGUCCUGCAGAAGUGGUACAGCCCACGCGGAUCGGUCGCUAUGGAGAGCAGCUCCCCAGGAGCGCGAGCCAGCCAGACAGAGCAGCGACGAGCGAGGAGGACGGAUCAGACAGAUCAGAGUGCCGAAGCGCACAAACAGACAGGAAUCAUGGAGAAGAGGACUUUGCCAUCUAACGGACUGCGACUGUUAACAACACUUCUCACCUUUUACGGACUUUCCUCAGGUGUGAGCAGUAACCAGGUGGUUGUGCCUGAGAAAGUGAAUGCAGUGCUGGGGAAGAACAUCACACUGAGCUGCAGAAUAGAGGUGGGCUCCAACCUCACACAGAGCUCCUGGGAACGUCGUCUCCCUUCAGGCACCAUUACCUUGGCAGUGUUCAACCCCGAGUUUGGAACCUCCAUCUCUCCAGAAUACAACAAGCGCAUCUCGUUUGUUUCCCCCUCUGUACGAGAUGCUUCCAUUACCAUUGAAGGAGCUGGCUUUGCAGAUGUCGGGUCCUACACCUGCAAAGUGGUAACAUUUCCUCUGGGCAAUACACAAGCUUCAACCUACGUUAAUGUAUUAGUGGAGCCAAAGGUGUAUGUGUCUGCCGGCCCCACAGCUCUGCUGGAUGGUGGGAACGAGUCGCUGGUGGCCACCUGCAUAGCAGAGCGUGGCCGUCCCGCUGCUGAGGUAUUCUGGGAGACGGAGCUUUAUGGACGUAGUGAGAAACAAAGUCAGGAUGAGCCCAACGGCACCACCAGCGUACAUGUGCGCUACAUGUGGCCACCGCAGAGCUACGCGCAGGGGAAGACGCUCACCUGUGUGGUGCGCCACCCGGCCCUGCAAACGGAGUUCCGCAUACCCUUCAUACUAAAUGUUCAGUUUGCUCCAAUGGUAUCGAUAAUAGGAGUUGACAAAAAUUGGUAUGUGGGACAAGAGAAUGUGAAGUUCACCUGUGGAGCCAAAGCCAACCCACCUGCCCGUGACUUCACAUGGACCAGGUUGGAUAGAUUGAUGCCCGAGGGUGUUGAGAAAUCAAACAAUAGCUUUGCUUUCACUCGCCCGUUGGAGCGCAAUGACUCUGGAGUGUACCGCUGUAUAGUGAUAAACGACAUCGGUCUCCGCAGUCAAGAUGUAAACCUCUGGGUACAAGAUCCUCCCCCCACCACAGCCGGCCCCAGCACCACUGCAUCGCUUCUCCGCGACACCUCUGGAUCCGGCACCGCCGCAGACCAGCGGAUAGCCCUGUUUACCUCCCCGACCCUGGCAUCCCUACCCGACAGCAGCCUGGGCACUAUCAUCGGCGGGGCCGUAGGCGGCGUUUUAUUCCUGAUUCUCUUGCUGAUCCUCGGCGGGGCUUGCUUCAUGCGACAGCGCAGGACCUUCCGAGGAGACUACUACACCAAACAGUACCUGGGACCCUCAGACAUGCAGAAGGAGUCCCAGCUGGACGUGCUGCAGCCGCACGAGCUGCAGGAGGUCUACGGGGACAAGACGAGCAAAGGCAGCCAAGAGCUGAAACCCAAACUGGGCGGAGACAUCAUUUACCCCGACUACAUCCCCGACCACAAGGAUAGGGACGACUGGGCCGACAGGGGCGAGGUCCACCAGGGCCUCAAGGAGGGAAACUACUACCCAGAUCACUACAACACCCAGAACAUGCACCCCUGCGGGCCUCCUGUGCACAGCACCAUAGUGGCCAACGGCUCCCCCUACCUCCCGGAGGACUGCUAUGAAAAUGGUACAGACAGCGACUACGUGUCCCACAUGGACGGAUCUGUGAUCUCACGCAGGGAGUGGUAUGUUUGAGGGGAAGAGCGAAGGAAAAAAAAAAACAGACGAAAUUCAAACGGCUGACUGAGAACGAUUUAACAAGUGACAGAUAUAAAUAUUGUUAAAGGUGUUAUUUCAGUUAAAGGAUGAAUACAAUUUCUCAGCUCAGUUACACAACGAGCUCUUUGAACAAUACUGCUCUGCCUUGAUUGUAACCACUUAACCUUAAGGACGUGUAUGUGGAUUGUAUUACACUUUUGUAGCUUUUCAAGGAGCUACAAAUACGUUGGAACGCCUCAGUGAUAUAUCUGUGGCUGGUAUUAUCAGGCUUAAAAGGCUUUGGCAUACAGUGAAGUUUGGAUGGAUGUGAAUGAGGUUUUGUAUUCUGCUUGUUUGUGUCUUUAACACAGGUCAGGUGUUCAGGCCCUUGUUAGUGAAGUAUUUAUAUCCCUGACCGACUGAGCUCUACUCUCAUAAAACCUUCCAACUUCUGUGGCAUUUUUCAAAAUGGUCUCUUGAUUGCUUACGGCGUUUUCAUACUGUUGAAAUGUUUAUCAUGGCUGCAACUAGUAUUUAAAGCAAAUUAUAUUGCAUGUGUUGUUUAAAAACAAGAUGUAUUAUCAAGUAAAAGGGAAGGUUUGUCAGUCACGUGAAUAAAAGGGAGAAUUACACUGACAAACAAACUGACUGAUGCUAGUACAUUACAAAGAAAAACCUCUUGUAAACCUCUGCUUAGUUCUCCAGUGGCUUUCUCAAACUCGGCUUAUCUUCAGUCUGCCUGUCAGCUGACAGAGAGAGGCCACUCCCUGUGGAAGUACUUUUACUUUUAGCUUCAGUUCAGCUUAUUUAUUUUACAGAUAUCUCUCCCGUGGUUACCGUAGUGACAGCACGUGUGGUUUAAUACCGCAGCAAACACUCAUUGAGCAGCUACUUUUACAAGAGGAGCAACUGGUGAAUCUUGUUAAAAAAAUUUAAAAUAGUCCGCCGACAAAACAAAUGCAGAAAAUUACAGUUGUCAUUACAGUUGUCAUGCUUUGUAGGUGCAUUUGUGAUGAACGAUUGCGUUCAGUGCUAACUGCAGUGACAAAUACUUUCCAUUUCCUGUGGUUGCUUGACAAUAAAAGCCACCCUGAACUGGAUCACAUGCAUGCAUGCAUUGUUUUCUCUGAAUCCCUCAAGUUUAGGAAGGCAAUCUAGUGUGGGAAUGGCAGACUCUGCCACUACUAAUAAAAACUAUAGAGAGAUAAAUACUCCAGAAAAAAAUGCCUACCAUAAACAGUAUCAACAAUGUUUUUUUUUUUUUAUGAAAAUCUGAAGGUUUAUAACUUUACCAAAUACACUAUUAUCAUUAUUGAAAUGUGUUAAUCCAGUCACUUCCUUGCAGUAAAAAAGCACAACUCUGUUAUUACAGUAAACAUCAAAGGAAGCCUACCAGGCUUUGGCCCUCUCCACUUAGCCAUGAUAACAGGCUGCAUCGCUGUCUUUCCCAUUUUCCCUCCUCUGUAUCCUCUGAUUUCUGUCUGCACACAAACACCAAUUGGUCAUUAUAGUUUUUAUUUUAAACAUGGGAUCAAAGCAAUGAGUUAUAAAUACCAGAUGUGACUAUCACAGCUGUCAUCAUCGGAUAUUAUGUGGCUCCAUACACCACCAACAGUUUCGCUGCUCCCGCUCGACACUCCGCGCUGUGAUUCAUGAUGGUAAAUUAGCAACAAACAAAAAAAGGCCUGUGCACAGAAAAAGGGGGCACUGAUAAACUGAUCCCUUAGCUUUAAUUUGUAUGUUUGAAGUAUGAUUGUGCGAAUACCUCGCAGCCCAGUUGGAAACAUUGUGUGCGGCUGACAUCACUACUGAUCACAGAACAGGCUGUAAUGUUGGGGUUUGGCUCCUCAGCCGCUCCUCUGAGGAUAUACAGCGAUCAUGGAAACUAGAAAUUUAAUCCAUGAGUGAAAAAAUCUGUUUAAGAACCAUGUAGGUUAGAGCUGUCUGUGUAAUGGCUCCCAAAGGGAUUUUUUUUUCCGCUACAAACAACAAACCUAGUGACGUUCAGUUAAAACAAAAGAGUUGACAUCAUGAAUGAUCUCAUCUUUCACUGCUUGAUUUGACCUUACUCUUUUCCACUUAGAGAUUCUGGGUUUUUUUUCCUCAGGAAUGAUACAUGGAUCAAAGUGGCCUCACAUGAAAGGGAAAGCGUAACCCUUUUUGGAAAGAUCCCUGUUUAGUCAAUCAGGGUGUUUGUUGCUAGAAGAAGGAACCAUAUUUGUGUAUUACAGUCAGGACAGGGGGGGGGGGUAUUUUGUGAGGUCUUCUUUCUUAUUGGGGUUUUAUAGAUUGUGGGUGCACAUUUUCUCUUUAUUUUUUUUUAACCCUUCUCCACCCUGGUGUUCCCAUGCCAGGGCUUUGGUCGAAAGGUUUAGAUGUCUGAGAAUAAACUACUUUAAUCUCUCUCCCACUCUCAUCGUGGUGCACACGCACCCAGCCGCCACACAUCUGCCACUGCAGCCCACAUUCAGAGAGCAGUCCUCGCCUUAAACCUUCAGCUUUUUAAUUAACUUCUUUUUUUCUUUUUCUUUUUUCACUUGGCAACUAAAGUGCUCAAACUCUGUGAUAUAUACACAUUUUUCAUACUAUGGCUGAUUCAUGGCUGCCGACUUGUUUCUUAUUUGCUAAAGUCGCUCCAUGCAAGCUGCUGUCUCUGCUCUGAAAACCAUCUUUUUCUUUCAGUCUCCAACAACUGUUUGACAAAAGCAAAAUGAGCUGAAGUGAUGAAUGUUUUGUAAAGUCCUUUAUCCUUUUGGAUCACUCACCAACUGGUUGCAUGUAUAUUAAGUUAUUUGGUACCUACUACGUUCAUUAUUUCUCAUCACUAAUGUUUAUAUACAUGUACAUAAGGCUAAUAGGUUAGUGUAGGAUUAGCUGUUUGAUUUAUAUGCUCAUGUAGUUUUUUCUGGACUCCCCUACUGAAUAGUUGGUGCCUUAGACGGGCUGAGCAAUGCACAGAAACUUUGAAAAAUGACAAGCAUUAAUAUAAAGGAUAUUGAUAUCAAUAAAGAGGAGGACUGACUGGUCCGUUAAUACAUCUUCCAUCUUGAUAUUUAAAAUGAUCUGUUAUCAAGACAUCAGAAUAGACGAGGUUAAUUGUCAUGCCUUAUACACUUUGAAAGGACACAUGUAACAAGUUCGUUACUGAGACAAUUGUAUUAAGUAAAGUUUCACUGGGAAUUUAGGCAAGCCAGAUUCAUAGAAAAUAUUGUCCUGUAAAUAUGCUGGCUGUUUUUUUAUUAUUGAAAAAAAAAUCUUAUUUUUUGUAUGAGGUCUGUAAUUUUCACAGAGUAUUAGUUUGUCUGAUGUGUGUUGGAGGAGCUCCUGUCUCAUGAUGACGUACUGCAUUUUCUGUUUCUGACCAAUUAUUUUGUAUGUUGUUGUUUGAAUGAUUUAUGUCUCACAGGAAUCAGAUGAAAGUGCGGUAGAUUGUAUUCUGUUCCUUUGUUUGCAUUAAAAGACCUUCAUUAUUGCACUCAAA